ACUAUCCCCAAACAUAAGUGAUAAAUUGACCAAAAACUCUUUUGAGUUUAUAUAAAACUCAUUUGGUAUUCAUAGCCAUAAAACCUUAAACCCCACGCUUAAACCCUCCCAUGUUUCAGUUGUCUGUUGCAUCAAACCAACCAUAACAUUUAACUGAAGCAAAUCGAAUGGCUUAUAGGCGAAGCUUAACGAUAAGAGCUAAGUUUCUAUAUCAGCAACAAAGGGUUACUCCGGCAUUUUGUUACUCCAACAAUGACGAUCGUAAAACCCACGACCCCAGUUGUGAAAACGCAAAAAUUCCUAGUUUUUUUCAACCCCAUUACGCCAGAACUGGAAUUAACCCAUUUCAAGAUCGGAGAUUGCGCCCUUCACCUUUGAAUUCGGGCUUUUUGUUCACCCGGAAUAUGUCUAGUAGUGUUGGUGGUGGAGCCGAGAAGAUAGAGUACAUUAGUGAGGUUGCUGAGCUGGCUGAUAAAGCUGUUGAGGCUGUAGCUUCUCAAGUUCCAGCUGUGAAUGAGGUGGCAAUUGCUGCUGCUGAGUCGUAUUUGCCGGUGAAAGCAUUGCAGUAUUUGAUCGAUUAUGUUCAUAUUUUUACUGGAUUUGAUUGGUGGGCAUCAAUUGUCGUUACAACUAUUGUUAUUCGAUGUAUAACUCUUCCAGUGAUGAUUAAUCAGCUCAAAGCUACUUCAAAAUUCGCUAUUCUGAAGCCAAGGCUGGAUGAAAUUAACGAAGAGAUGGAAAAUAGGGGCCAUGCUCCAGCAGCUGUGGCUGAAGGUCAACAAAAAAUACAAGCAGCUAUGAAGGAACAUGGAGUUGGACCCUUCACCCCCAUGAAAGGAAUUCUAAUACAAGGGCCAGUCUUUGUCAGUUUCUUUAUGGCUAUUUCAAACAUGGUGGAAAAAGUCCCUUCUUUCAAACAAGGGGGAGUCCUUUGGUUUACUGAUCUAACUGUUCCAGAUAGUAUGUAUAUCUUUCCAGUUUUGACAGCAUUGACAUUCUGGAUAACAGUCGAGUGCAAUGCUCAAGAAGGAUUAGAAGGAAAUCCUUCUGCUAAAACUAUAAAAAAUCUCUCACGGGGCUUUGCUGCGUUAACUGUCCCAUUUACUGCUGGUUUUCCCAAGGCGGUAUUCUGUUAUUGGAUGACCUCAAAUCUAUUUUCACUCUCAUAUGGAUUAGUGAUUAAAAAUCCCAAGGUUAAGAAGUUUCUCGGCGUUCCUAUAGUACCUGUCACUCCUCGAUCUGAACAAAAACCGGGUCUCUCAUUUUUCGAAACUCUCAAGAAAUAUGCUGCAGCGCAAAAGCAGAUAGUAGAACAACAGCAUGCUCAAUCAUCGCCUGCUGUGGCUUCAAAACCCGUUAGUCAAGGAAUAUCAUCCUCCUCAUCAUCGUCGUCUUCUGUUCUGGGUCGAAGGAUCGAAAGUUUAGAGAAGCAAGUAAAAAGAAGAAAGAACAGGAAGAGGCGAUGAACACCCUUGAUUGAAGGAGAAAAUGGGUCAAGCAGAUUACUAAUUAUAGGUUUUUGGUGGUCCAUAUACACACAAUUUUAGUAUAUUAGUUGAAAUAAUUGGGGUAGAAGCUCAUUUUUUCACUAAGUUUAUGAUUCUUGAGAAUUAUAGAAAUUAUAGCAAUACCAUCAGGAACACUUAUCCUUUUUGUAAUAUUUCAUUUUUUAUACGAAUAUAGGCAUUCAAGAAA